UCUUAUAUUAAAAGUUGUGUUAAACAGUACAGGUUGAGUAACGCAAAAAAACAACGUGCUAUCCGCCAUUGUUUUUGUUAUCUGCCCGUGCGUGCGUAGUGCAAGGACGUGCGCUUACUUCUCCUUACUUCUUCUGAUACUUCAGAAAGACCGGCUGAAAAUAUGUUGGAGUUAAUCUGAAGAGCGGCUCAGUGUAAACGGGUACAAUGUUAAAUAUUAAAAUUACAAGAAUAAAGCUAUUUCUGAGAGAAACUUUGUAUGCUGUAGGCACACAAGGACUCUGGUCAGAUAAGACCACAAACCAACAAUUACAUGGUGGCGCUAGCAUAAUGCUAUGGGGGCACUUCUGGUAAAAAGUGACUAACUGUUGAGGUGAGCAAUACCUUCAGAUAGCUUGGUAGAGAUUUGCUUCUAAACAGCUAAAGCUGCAUUUGAAGCAAAAGCUGGUUCUGCUAAUCAUACACUAAGGGAGGAUGAACUCAGUCCAGUACAUUGAAGUUUGUGUUUGGAACCAGGCAAAAUGUUCAAGGGAUAUUAAUACUUCUGCAAGGCUACAUGAAGGCACUUCUUAUCUUCAGAUGAUAAAUCUGCAACGAGCAGAAACAUUUCUACUGUAAUUUAGCCUGAGCUUGCAUUCCGGAGUGAGUCAACCCAAUGUUGGAUACACUUUCUGGUCAGCUUAGAGUCGGCAAGCUUACGGCACAAAGUGGAACUACUUCCUGUACAGUUUGUGUGCAGGAAUUUCAGGCUUAUGCUCAAUAAUCCUCGGCGACUGUGAGAACAAAGCUGAUUGUGUGUGUGACUAUACAAGUAAUACUGGACUCACACAGCAUUCCAGACACAUUCAUUUACAGAGGUGCACCGUUCCACCUUUGGGAGUCUCCGUCAACUCUGUCACACUGAGCCUGGCAUGCGUAUCAGGUGUUUUCGCUUCUUUCUUUAUCUGACCAGGCGUCGUAGAAAAGAAACAAAAGUUCUUCCAAUUCUUUGUGAUAGCAGCAAGAACAUUUUUACCUCAUUAAAAAUCCAGAGACUUGUCCAAAACCUCUAAUCUAUGACCAACCCCCUGGCCCCCUCCGCCACCCUCUCACGCCUGAGCACCAAAGCCCCACAUCCUUCUCUGCCCUCUUUGCUGUCCUCCUCCUGGACUGGUUGGCAUGUGUAUGGAAUAAAAAUGUGUCGGAGCUUUUGUUUUGCUGGUUCCAAGUAACAGUGCCGGACUGAGCCAGGAGAAUAGGAGCUAGAGGGGAGAGCAGGGCUGUCUCCAUUCAGCCGAAGAAGAGAUACAUGGGUGCUUAACGAGGAAGAGACGAGGAAGAAGAGGAAGAAGAAGAAGGAAGGGGAACCUCCAGUGCUAAAGAUGCUCCAGGGUUGUCAGCAGCUCUUUCUUCCUGAAAUGGACUGAGUCGAGCAUCAGCUGACGCAAACUCACCUGAGACGACUGAGAACGGGAGUCGACACAGAGCACAGAGGAAGAAGGCAGACACAAAGUCAGAAGAUGGAAGAAUCUUCGCAGGACGUCAGCCAGAUGACCAGCCAGCAGGUUCUCUGUGACCCCGCUGAACAAAAAAGCAGAAAGCGCCUCUCCACUCUCAAAAUCUUCAUCAUAGCGCUCUCCUUCGCCUACUUCUCCAAGGCGCUGACAGGCACCUACAUGAAGAGCUCCGUCACUCAGAUAGAGAGACGCUUCGACCUCUCCAGCACGCACGUCGGCCUCAUAGAUGGCAGCUUUGAGAUGGGUAACUUGCUGUUUCUCGCCGUGGUCAGCCAUUUUGGGGCUCAGCUCCAUCGGCCCAGACUCAUCGCUGCCGGGUGUUUACUCAUGGCCGCCGGUGCCCUCCUCACAGGCCUGACGCAUUUCUUCAUGGGAUUCUACAAGUAUGACACAGUUAUUCAGGUUCUCCAGAGCAGUAAUGUGAGCAUUCCAGCAUGUGUGGAUCCUCUGAAGACUGUCGACAUGCCAGGAAUUCAGAUUGAGCCUUCUGUGGAAGACAACAAAGGCUGUGAGAGAGAGUCCAGCUCCCACAUGUGGAUCUAUGUGUUCCUUGGGAACGCUUUGCGUGGGAUUGGUGAAACUCCCGUCACGCCCCUGGGCAUCUCGUACAUCGACGACUUCGCUAAAGCGGAAAACUCUCCUUUCUACAUCGCUUGUCUCCAGACUAUUACUCUCCUGGGCCCCAUGUUUGGAUUUCUCCUGGGUUCCUACUGUGCGAAACUUUACGUUGACGUUGGAUAUGUUGACAUGGAAAGUGUCACCAUCACUCCAAAGGAUUCCCGCUGGGUGGGUGCCUGGUGGCUGGGCUUCCUGAUAUCCUCUUCCCUGCUGCUGGUUUCCAGCAUCCCUUUUUGGUUCCUGCCACGCUCGCUUCCCAAACAAGGGGAUGAAAUGGACACACCCACUCCUCCCUCUCUAACCCUCGAUGGGGCAGAGAGUGCACAGAGCAGCAACCAAACCAUCAAGCUGACCGAAAUCGCAAAAGGGUUCCUUCCGUCACUGAAACGUCUCUUGGGGACCCCUACUUACUUCCUGUUUCUUUGUGCGGCCAUUCUGAAGUUUAACUCAUUUAUAGGCCUAUUGACUUUCAAAGCCAAAUACAUGGAGCAGCAGUUUGGACAGUCAGCAUCCAGAGCAAACUUCCUCAUAGGAGUGCUGAACCUACCCGCCGUAGCCGUGGGAAUCUUUUUGGGGGGGCUCCUGAUGAGGAGGUACAAGCUGAGUGUGGUGUCAGGAGCCCAGCUUUCUUUUGCCACUUCUUUCAUGGGGUACCUUCUCUUACUACUGCAGUUUGGCACCAAGUGUGACAACAGGCCAGUGGCUGGUCUCACUGUAUCGUACAAUGGGACACAGAGGGUAUCAUACAAUGGGGAGAUGCUCUUCUCAGACUGUAACAGAGACUGCUCUUGCUCGCCAGAUGAGUGGGACCCCGUCUGUUCGGACAGCGGCAUCACCUACGUCUCGCCAUGCAUGGCAGGCUGCCUCAACUCAAGCGGACGCGGCAAAAACACAGUUUUUCACAACUGCAGCUGUGUCUCCACCUCUUAUCCGCCUGGCAGCUCCACGUCAGCGAGGCUGGGUCAGUGCCCUCACACUAAGGACUGCAGCCGCAGCUUCACCUCCUACAUGGCUGUUUCUGUUCUCAGCUCCUUCAUCAACUCUCUGGGAGCCACACCCGGCUACAUGGUCAUCAUACGCUGCAUCACACCAGACCUCAAGUCCCUCGCGUUGGGUAUUCAGACUUUGGUAACCAGGACUCUUGGUGGAAUUCCAGCGCCUGUGUAUUUUGGAGCACUUAUAGACUCUACUUGCCUGAAGUGGUCUAUCAAGAAGUGCGGGGGAAAAGGGGCGUGUCGCAUUUACGACUCAAAUAUGUACAGAAUCAUUUUCCUUGGUCUGAUUACUUGCCUCAGCGGCACUUCCUAUUUCUUCAUGAUUGCCGUCAUCGUCCUCCUGAAGCGACAGUUUUGGAAAGCAGACCGGGACAUAGAGCUGCAGCAACCCGAAGCGUCAAAGGAAAGUGGAAUUAUGGUUCAGCAGGAGACCCAGGAGAAGAGCGGUGCUGGGUCCACAAGUCCCAAACUGUCUUCUGACAAAACAGACUCUACAGGAGUCGGGAAACACUUGGAAGGAUGACGGGAAAUAAUCAGAACAGAGCAACUCUUUGCAAAUAAUUGUCUAUUUUUCAUAAAUAUAUAUGACAGGAUCCUGACAGAGACUUCAGGUGAGUUGUUUUUCUUUCUCAUAGAUGAUCAGAGAAUGUUAUCAACAAAACCUCUGGUCUAUAAAAAAUCAUUAUUUCCUAAGGCGUGCAAUAAAGCAGGCAAUUCAUGUUAGUCUGUUCUUGCUAGGUCUGUUUACCUCCAUAUUGGUUAUCAUGUAAUGCAGUUUGUUUUGCUACUACAGACAGGUUGACCAGCAAUUUAAUACACUGACCUUUUUGUACAUGUACUUCGCUGCCAUGUUGAAAGCAAAAAUUAUUGUUUAGUCAAACCUCUUGUUUAAAAAUGCUCUUUUUGGCAAUAAAUAAAUCCUUCAGUAAGAGAUUUUGUCCUAUUUGGUUUUUGAGACCUCUAUAUUUGUUUUUGACUCCAAAACGUUGACUUUGUUCUUAAGCCACUUUGUGACCAUUUGUCCAUCUGGAUGACCAAUCUGUGCCCAAGCUUUUACUUCCUGGUUGACGUCUUUAGAUGUUGCUUCCACAUUUCCAUAUAAUGUUCUUAUAAAGAUGCCAUGUGUUUAAUGAUUAGCAGCAGCUCCUCCUGCAGCAGUAUGCUGGUUGGACAUGUUAUAUACAUGUAUGUACAUGUAUAUACACAAAUAUACACCAUUUGUGUAUAUUUGCGUAUAAUUGUUUGAAAGGAUAAAUGCAGCACUUUCAAUCAUUUGGAAAUUGUUCCCAAGGAUGAACCAGACUUGUGGAGCUGCACAACUCACUCCCUGAUGUCUUGGCUGCUGUCUUUUGACUUCCCUGUUGUGUCAAACAAUAAAGCAAUGUGUUUCACAUUA